CAUCCUUGCUCCCUUGGGAAAUUGGGGUGGGGAGAUAGACUGGUAGUCUCUCCAUGGGUGGGUUGAGCAGACCUAUGCUAACUUUUAUGGGAGGAAAAUUUUCCAUGAGAAAAAGAGAGGAGCUUAUAUCCCACUAGGAAAGGAAGCCUGGAGCCCAGGGGCAGAGUGACUUCUUUUUCCUUUCUUCCCCUCCUCCCUUUUCCCUUGAAACUCCAGACUCUGCCUCAGGUUCACAGCCCAGAGAUGGGAAGUCACCCUGGAGUGAGAGGGGCAGAUGGUGCCUAGGAGCCAUUGAUUGUAUUGUCUCCCCUCUUCCUCUCCUGUCUGUAUGAGUGAGAGGCUGCAAUGGGUCUUCCCUUCUGCAUUCACAGAGAAAUGGGACAACCAGCCCAGCAGCCUAGUGUCAGUGUGUGCCUGUGUGUGUGAAUGAAUGAAAGGAAUCUCCUGGGUGUAUGUUAGAGAGAGAGAAGGAACUGUCAUUUGUGAGAGAAAGGGAGAUAAGUUCUUCCAUGGGUGAGAAAGCUUGUAUUUUCUCUGUAGAGAGGAAAAAUAUGAAAGCAGAAGUCUUGUAUGUAUGUUAGAAGACCAUGGUUUGUGAGAAGAUUCAUUCUCUUGGGUUAUUUUCAUCGGUUUAGAGAAUGAGACAGGGCUCUUCUGUGUCAGUGUGUGAAUGGGGGUGGGGAGGACACCCCUACAUCUCUUGGUGUUGGAAGUUUUAUGUGUGGAAGAGGAAGGCAGGAUUUCUGUCUCCAGGGUGCAUAACCGUGGAGAAUGUCCUGGCCCUGGGGGGGCAGAGUUCAGUUCUGCAUUCUCAGGAUGUGGCCCGAGUGUGUGCUGGGAUGGCUCUCUAUCUCAGUGAUCCAGAGGGCACUUGUGCUGCUGUCCAGGGAGGCAGCUGGGGGUCCCAAGCAGAUAGCCUCCUGAGGUCCUUGGUCUCUGCUGGGGCCCAUCAUGUUGACAUCCUGAAUCGCCUUCUUCAGCACAUCCAAGGGCAUUACCCAGAAGAGCCAGGCCAUGGUGAGGGUUGUAUGGACACUCACCAGAUUUUGGAGGAGGCAGCAGGGGCCCCAGGACCUGAAGGCCAAGGUCCAAGCCGGGCUCUGGCUGCCAUCCUGGACCACAUCCUAGCUGGGUCCUGCUUCCAUGUCCUGCCCAGUCCCCAGUACUUUAUUGAUUUCAUCUUCAGACUUCAUGGCAAUGAGUCACGAAACCUCACUCUGUCUGAGUUGCAGACUCUGAUGAGCCAGCUGAGAGUAGGGAAGGAGGCUGAGGUCCAUCACCAUGACAACAAGGAAGAGCACCACCAUCACAGAGAGCACAGCCUGGAGGGGAGGACCAGACAUCAGCUGAGGCUCCCUCAAAGGACCCAAGCAAGACACCCUGACAGCGUAUGGGACACUCUGUGCCUGAGUGGCUCUGAUGUCCUGGAAGUGUACGGGCUGUCAGAGGAUGAUGGGGUGUCCCCAGAUGCCUGGGCCCAGCUCAGCCCAGCCCUACUCCAGCAGCAGCUCAGUGGGGCCUGUUUAUCCGUUCACAUCACCCCCCAUGACAAGCUCAGUGUGUCUGCAAGAUACCUCUAUGGCUCCCUAGCCAUACUGAUCAUCUGUCUCGCCUCUGUCUUUGGCCUGGUGGUUGUGUUCUGUGCCUCCUGCAAGAAUGUCUCCCACUAUGUCAUCCAAACCUUCUUGGGUCUGGCUGUGGGCUCCCUUACUGGGGAUGCUGUUCUCCAUCUCAUUCCUAAGGUGGUAGGCCAGCAUUCCCAUGGGGAGGCAACUGAGCAUCAGGGUCCUGAACUUGUGUGGCGGCUCUUGGGCCUAUUGGGUGGCCUCUAUGCCUUCUUCCUCCUGGAGAACCUCUUCAGCAUUCUGCUGCCCCGGGAUUCAGAGGAGAAAGAGGAAAGUCAUGCCUGCAACCACAGCCACAGCAUAUCUCUGCAGCUGGUGACAGAAGAACUGUCACACCAGAAGCAGCAACAGCAGCAGGCAGACUCCAGGAUAGACCUGGUAUCGAAUGAGAACCCCCAGGUUUCUGGUCUGGAUCACCAAAAACGGAGCCGAGAACUGCAGCUUCUCCCCUACAUGAUCACCAUUGGAGAUGCUCUUCACAAUUUUGCAGAUGGGUUGACUGUGGGUGCUGCCUUUACUGCUUCAUGGAAGACUGGUCUGGCUACCUCCAUGGCUGUUCUAUGCCAUGAGGUGCCCCAUGAACUUGGGGACUUUGGUGCCCUGCUUCAUGCAGGGCUGUCAGUGCGUCGUGCCCUGCUGCUGAACGUGAUUGCCGGCUUGACAGCCUUUGCUGGGCUCUAUGUGGCUCUGGGCAUUGGGUCCAAUGAGGAAAGUGAAAUCUGGAUCCUCACAGCUGCCACUGGGCUCUUCUUCUAUGUGGCACUCUGUGAUAUGCUGCCAUCAAUGAUGAAUGUGAGAGACAAGAGACCCUGGCUACUCUUCUUCCUGCACAAUCUGGGGCUCCUAGGUGGCUGGGCCAUCCUGCUGGUUCUGUCCAUAUAUGAAAAGAACAUCACCUUCUGAUCCUUUGCUCACCUUGUUGGCACCGUGUAUGACAACUGAUGCUUCAUUGCCCACCCAGUACCCUCUGUCUGCCAUCGACUCCCGAGCUCUGAAUUGGACUCAGCUUAGUCCUCUCACUUCUUUUGUCACCCUCUGUAAUGCCGUAGUCACUUGUCCAGGAUGCUCUUUGUUAAUUCUUGAAUUGAGGUGUCCCUAGGUUGUCCCCAUCCCCUCCCCCCUCUAGAAUCUUUCAACAUCCCUUCAUUAAUCUCAGAAAGAAUUUCUACAAAAGACUUUCAACACAUCGUAGAAUGUGCAUAUACCUUCCACCAGAAGGGUGAGGAGGAGCUCAUCACUCACUGUCCUUGUCCCCUACUGCCUUCUGGCCUCCAAUGAACACAGGAUCCUAGACAUCCAUGCUCCUGGUCUUCAGCCCCUCAAGCCUCUGUGAGUUCCUGAUGCUACCUUUGUGCUGGACACAGGAGAGCAGAAUGACCCAGAGGGAGUUCCAGAGGGCCUUCCCUCCCCCACAACCCCCAUUUCAGGUGACCUUUAGAAACCUACAUUUUCCUUUUUCUUGACUGCUUUGGUCUGCCCUGCCCUUCAGGGGGAGGGACAAUGAAAGGAUAGAGCCCAGGGUGGGAAGGAUGGUGGGCAGCUGUGGAUGCCUUCAUGGUGUAGAGUAGUUUCUGCUCAGGUCCAACAGCUCAGGACAAGAUGGCCUGGCUGUUCCCUCGUACUUCAACAGACUGAUUCUUUAGAUGUCAUCAGAUUAGAUCACAGACUGUCAGCCAGCCUGGUUGUAGCCUCAGCCAUGCCUCAGGGGUGGCAUGUAGAAGUGUCCAUGUCUCACCUUCCUCCUUCAGUUCUAUUUCUACAGUUGCUCUUGGCAGGAGGCAGAACUGAGAAUGUUUUCUCAUUUUGCUGAGAUGAGGUUCGCUGUAGUAGGAGGGCUAGAACCCACAUCUCCUAGGGCCUGGGUCUACUCUGUGUGUGUGUAUAGUCUGGUGAUGCCUAUGGACCCUUUUUCAGAAUAAUGCUUUUUAACAUGCAUAAAAUAAAACAGAUAGAAUUACAAGGGUGAAUAUUUAUAUGGAAAUAGAGUUAUAUAUAUACACACAUACACACAUAAUAAAGAAUGAGCCAGAAACCCUUCUUCACAGAGCUGUCACCUAUACUGGCCAUUCCCCAAAGAGCUGAAUAACUGUAGUUGUUCUCUUCCACAAAUAAACCUCUCUAGGAUACAGGAACUAUAUUUGAGUUUUUGUUUUGUUUUUUUUUCCUACAUAAUUACUAGUUAUUAAAUGAUAGAGAAUGUGCAGGUGACAUAAAUCAUUUGCCCAGCACUGAAAAUUAGUACUUCUAACCCAGGAAAGAGUCUGGCAGACAACAGAAUGGUUAGGCUUCCUCCCAAUUAAUAUUGUUCUCUGAGUUCAGCCUUCAGGAAAAUGAAUUUCUGGGACCUUCUCCCUCAACUCUGCCUACUUAUACAUCCUAGGUAUCAUUGUACCCAUCAGCUCAUCUCCAUUAGAGGAUUAGGUUUGUAAAGAAUAAUUUUAGCAUUGUGAUCUAAACUAUAUUAAUUAUUGGUGUCCAUGGAUAUUCCAAAUAAAAAAAAUACCCAAGUCA